UGUAUAUAGUGACUGCAAUAGUCAGUAGUUAUCUAGUCCCACUUCUCUGACUGCGAUCUUCACGUGGCCUGUUCUAUCUAAUUACAUACUAUUAAUUCUUCUGACACAAUUAUUUCCCUUCUCAGAGAGAAAAUCUUGGUUUCGUACUUUACCUUUCUGUUCUCUGCUUUUCUUGUGUGCCAAUGGAAAGUAGUAAGAAGCAAGUGGGUUCAUCAUUUUCUGCAGAUAUUUUUGAUUCCACCAUAGAAUCUACUCAGCCAUCCAAUUCCACCGGGAUUUUCUCUUCACUUUUUCCACCACCAUCUAAGGUUAUGGGAAGGAAAGCUUCAGCAUCUGAACUUUUGCAAUCUCUGGAGAAGCAGUCGUCUGGUUGUAGGGAAUGGAACAAACCACCUCCAGCUGAUGUGACGAAAGAUAGAGAAGGUGCAGGGCAUUGCACAUCCAGUAAGGAACGCGAAUCACUUUUUCAGAAUAGAGUGGAACCAUGUCCGCUAAGUUCUUCUCUCUUCUAUGGUGGUCAAGAGGACAUGUACGUCAAGUCAUCCGAUGCUCAAAAAAUGUACAAGAAGGAAGGAGGAGAAUAUGAUUCUGGUGGAAACAACCAAUAUAGUGCUUCUAGAGGGAAUUGGUGGGAAGGGUCACUUUAUUACUAGAACCUGACCACGGAGCCCCAAAGACAUGUGAAUUCCCAUAUAUUUAGUAGAGGAGUUCCUGAAUUCUUGGGAGCAGGUUUAUUUAGUCUUGUUGAAGACGACUACUACGGCCAUGUGUUGACAGACUCCAAGUUUUUAUUCUGGGUUCUCUUGAUGGUUAUUUGAACCCUAUAUGACAUGGACCUUUUUACUCUUUUUGGCUCAGUGCCUUACAAAGCAGGGAUUUUGGGAACUAUUUUAACAUCUUUAACUCUUUUAACACUGCAUAUGCAAUUGAACUAUGUAAAAUUCUGAAUAAGUUCUUGGCAAGACUUGCAUGGGCAUAUAGAAUUGAAUUAAGAACCUGUAUCAAUCAGACAGGUUUUGUACCUAAAAAUGAUCAUCAUAUCUUCUGAUUAUUUUUCAUUAUUUGAAAGCUUGAGAUGCAAAGUAUAAUUCAUUUCA